AUGGCCCAGUGGUUAAGAGUCCUCGCUGUUCUUCCCGAGGACUUGGGGCUGCUGAGUGACAUGUGGCAGAGGCUCUCCCAUUCCAAGAAGAAGCUAAUGGAGGUGUUUCACAUCAUCCUGAACCAGAUCUGCCUCCUUCCCAUUCUAGAGAGCAGCUGUGACAACAUUCAAGGCUUCAUUGAAGAAUUCCUUCAGAUCUUCAGCUCCUUGCUGCAGGAAAAGAGAUUCCUCCGGGACUAUGACACCUUCUUCCCUGUAGCUGAAGACAUCAGCUUGCUGCAGCAGGCUUCAUCGGCUUUGGAUGAGACCCGGACUGCCUACAUCCUACAGGCUGUGGAAAGUGCAUGGGAAGGGGUGGACAGACAGAAAGUCAAGGACGCUAAAGAUCCAUUGGGAGCCAAGGAUCCUAAUAAUGAAGUCACAGUGACAUCAGAGCCAGUGAGUGAAAUGGCAUCACAGCUGGAGAACUCCGAGGAUGAGGAGUGCAUGGGCGCAGCAGCUGCCCUGGGCCCUCCUGUGUGUGGUGUGGAGCUAGACUCACUCAUCUCCCAAGUGAAGGACCUGCUGCCAGACCUUGGGGAGGGCUUUAUCCUGGCCUGCCUGGAGCACUACAGCUAUGAUUCAGAGCAGGUGAUCAACAACAUCCUGGAGGAUAGGCUGGCCCCUGAGCUCAGCCAACUGGACCGCAGCCUGGAAAGACACGUGAAGCCGGACCCUACACCCCUGUUGACAUCCCGUCACAACGUGUUCCAGAACGAUGAGUUUGAUGUGUUCAGCAGGGACUCAGUGGACCUGAGCCGAGUGCACAAGGGCAGGAGGAAGGAGGAGAACGUGAGGAGCCUGGUGAAUGACAAGCGGGCUGUGGUGUCGCAGCGGCAGCGCUACCAGAAGUACAGCGUGGUAGUGGAAGAGGUCCCACUGCAGCCGGGAGAGUACCAGGUUGAUGACUAUGAGGAUGAGUAUGAUGACACGUACGACGGUAACCAGGUGGGCGCCAACGAUGCAGACUCCGAUGAUGAGCUCAUCAGCCGCAGGCCCUUCACCAUCCCUCAGGUGCUGAGAACCAAAGUGCCUGGAGAAGGGCAGGAAGAGGAAUAUGAUGAAGAGGAGGAGGCUGAAGAGGAGGCCCCCAAGCCAGACCAUUUCAUCCAGGAUCCUGCAGUGCUGAGGGAAAAGGCUGAAGCCAGGCGCAUGGCCUUCCUCGCCAGGAAGGGGUACCGGCCUGAGAACUCCACUGCAGUGAUGGGCAGCCCCAGGGGCCAUGGGCAAAGCCGAGAAACGACCCAGGAACGAAGGAAGAAAGAAGCCAACAAGGCAGCCAGAGCCAACCACAACCGUAGAACUAUGGCUGACCGCAAAAGAAGCAAAGGCAUGAUCCCAUCCUGAGGCCACAAGCUGCCUGGACGAGGGAGGCCCCUCAAGGCAGCUCUGCCCUCAGGAGCCCUUCAAGGCCACCGCCGCACCUCACCUACCAGCCAGCCAUGAGCGCCUUCUUGCUGAAUACAUAGUGCCUUAUCCCUUGGUGCAGGAACCCAAGGCCAUCAAGCAGGCUCUCUCCCAGCGUGCUGGCUGGAAAGGGUGGGGUGCAGAACCAGGUGUCCCUCAUCUUGUGAAGCAAGACACAUCACCUCACAGAAGUCCUGGAUGGCAGGAAACUUGUAUAUUCAGAAGCAACAGAAGGCCCAUGAAUAAAGUUUCUGACCUUCCAACAAUGCUCCAUGACAUGCUCCAGCCUUUUCCAUCUGUCCUUCCUCAGUGACACUAAAGACAAGAAAGCACAGUAGUCCCCCUACUCUGUCUGCUGACUUUCCAUGCCUGCCCUCUCCUAAUGUUCUUCUUUGCCGUGUGACCCUGAAUACAUCUCCCUUUCUCUGUGCCUGUGGAAGGAAGUGGCCAUUGUGAAGCCUAGGGUCCCUUGUGUUACCUCAUGCCCCUCCUCCUCAGGAGGUAGGUACUGUUUUCAGGUCACAGAACAGACAAGGGUAAUGGGACAUGGAGGGCUGAGGGUGUGUUCCUAGGCCACAGGCAGGAAGUGCAGAGCAGGUCUUGGCCCCUCACUCUGAUCCUUGGCAGUACAGGGUCCAGAUCCAUGUAGGUGAUGUCAGCCCCUGUGUCACAGCUGGCACAGGGACACUUGGCCAGUUGCAGAGCCUCAUAGUUAUAAAUAAGCUAUUUCCCCUCUCCCCCAAUGUGGAGCUUGGAAGCCUCUAAAAAGAAGUGAAGGUAUGCGCCAAGCCCUGUUGAAGCAAGUAGGACCUAGCAGGUUUCCAGAGCCCUUUCCAGGCGUGGCCCACUCUGCAGUGGAAAUCGGGUAACAGGUCUCCUGGGCUUAGCUAAUGUGCAGUGGGAUCUACAGUGGGGUCUUUGCUGAGCUAAUCCUGACCAAGCAGCGCCUAGAGUCUUAGUAGGAGACCUUUUGGAUGGCGGGGACAUUGAUUUGCUUGCAGUUAGGACAACCAGGCAGGCAGAUACUUGAUGGAUUGUUUUGUUAGGCCAGUCUGUACAAGUGAAAAUCAAUGGCAAUCCCUCUGUGCCUCACUGGCCUCUGGGAGCAUUUGAGAUGCAGAGCAAGUACAAGGUAGUGUCCUCCCCAAGGGCUGCUGAAUUAGCUGAGAUCUGGCAGAGUUAGCCAUGGUGACAGACAGCAGGAAACUGUUUCCUCCUGGAAGCACUUACCAGUGGCCCAGCUCAGUAGCAGGGUCAUUUCUUCUCUUCCUGACUGAACUCAGACCAAGCUGCUGUCUCUCAUGCAGAGCACAGGCUUGAGAGCUCCUGUCUCCACGUGCUUUGCCCACUGCUGUUCCCUGCACCAGCUCUUGGCCAUUUAUGCCUUCAGUCACCUAGAGGACCACCUGCUUUCCUGGGAGCAGGCUAUCCGAAAGAAUCACCAUCUUUCCAUGUUUCCCAGCAUGUUGGACCAGAUCAAACAGAAUUCCCUCACACCCCAGGAAGCUGAGGCUUGCCCCUUUUAGCUCUCUAGAACAGCCUUUCAUAGCUCUUUGAAAUCAGCCCGGAGCUUUCCUGUCACCCCAUCCCUUCAACUUGAAUGAGAGCACUGGACCAGAUGGGCGGCACUGUGUUGUGUAGGUGAAGUUCCUAGAGAUGGAGACUGAGGCUGAGCCCUACUAACACAACAUGCACAGGGCUUUAGCUUUGUCCCCAGUACUACCUACACAAAGGAAGUCCCCAAGGGAGUCCAAGAUUGCAAGAAUCCAAGGCAGCCCGAGUGCUGGGUGAGUGGACCAUUUGGCCCCACUCCUAGCCCUCCUUUCCUGUGCGGGUGUUUUCUAAGUGCCUUUUGUGUGCCCUGCAGAGAAUAUGACCAUCAUAGUUGUUUCUGGAGAAACUUCUAAAACCUCUGAAAGGACAUGAGACCCAGGUGUCUUUAUUCCUUGUGUAUGAACGGUCAGCUGCCAGAGCUUCUGUGCCCCUGUGAGGCAAAACCAGAGGUGGAUUAUAAGAGAUCUAAGAGUUUGUGCGAAGGAGGAGUGUGCCCGUAGGAGCUUAGUAGUGGAUGCAUGCCCUUGCCAAAUUGCCCCAGCUUCAGCCUGGAGGAGGAAACAGUUCGCUCAAACCUGCAUGUCACUGCCCCACCAGGAGCUCAGCUUCAGGAAUAGUGCAGAAAAAUAAACUCAGAGUCAGCCAGAGCUAGACAGAUUUACUUCUUGGGAGAUAGAGACAGAGUUCAAGGCUAGCCCAAGCUACAUGAGACCCUGUCUAUAAAUAAAAACUCUUUCUGAAGACAUCA